AUCCUCUAUAUACUCGUGUCGUUGUUAAGAGUGUCUGUGUAAAAUGAGUGCUUUGUACAUCAAAGUCUGCCAGUCUGUUGUACAAUCGGCACGGAGUCUGUGAGAGCUUGAAUAAGAGCAUGCGCAGUUGGCAGUCGGUGCCCGUUUCCCCGCCCUGUUGUCACCAAAGCCAGCAGCCGACUGGAAUGUGAACCAAUAUUGCAAACCGUAGGAAAACAGCUUUAUCACAGAACUUCAUUCACACAUUUAGCAAUCGAAACAUCAUCACACCUACAUAUACAACAAGUCAAGUGUCGUUCGGUUUUGUUCUCCAACAUUUAAUAACAACAAUAAUGACAGAAGCAUUAGUAACGGCAGCAAAAGAGAGAUUAUUGAAGACGGGUUUUCGGUUGUGGGUUCUUGGAAACAUUACCAAUUCCUUAGCUGGUUUGGCUAUAAUGAGGGAGUAAAAAAUCGCAAGAAAUUGGAGCUUGUUUUAAAUUUAUUAUAUUCAUCUUAAUUUAGAUGUAUUUUCCUUUUUUUCAUAUCUGGGGAAUAUCGAAUAAGUCCAAUCUUUGAGUACCAUUAUUACUCGUUGGGUUACUUCUUAUUUCUAAAGACUGCUAAGAAGAGAGAGAUCGAGAUAGAUAAAUAGACAGAGAGACCAACAGAUACAUACAUAUAUAAAUAGAUAUAUUUAUAUAGAUCUAGAUAUAAAUUUGCUUUUAUUUUUUUCUUUCUUUUCCCUCUUUUCACUGCCAAACUCAGAACACUGACGUAUAAACACACACACGUCUGACAAUGCUUUCGUAACGGUCUUUAAUACAUUUUCGUAAGAUCUGUGAAGAAAUUACACUGGUUUUAUCUCGCCUCAACCAACAACCAUCACGGACACACAGCAACUGCAGUCAUCACCAUCACCAUCAUCAUCGCAAUCAUAAGUAUUAUUCCAACCAUCAUCAACGCCGUAAAUGCCAGUAGCUCCAUCAUCACCAUCGCCGCCGCCGCCACCAAUACCUAACUACAUACAUCAUACUCGGUCCCUAUGAUAAUAUCAACAACAACAACGAUUCCAUGUCGAACACUUCCAGCACAAAAACAACACCAAUCACAGCCACAAGCAUCAUAACCAUCAUCAUCACCAACACCAUCACAACUGCUCCUCCUCCUCCUCUCUACCUUUGUCGCUAUUCUCACGUCUGACAUUUUUGGUGUCAGGAGGGAAGAAACAAGAAAAAGCAGCCAAGAGGAGUGGAUGAGGCCUGAAAGUGGGGGCGCAUGGGCUCAAUCACCACCCCCACUUAUUGCCACCACCACCACCGCCACCGCCGCCGCCGCCACCACCAUCGCCACUGCCUCCCACAGCUGUUUCGGGCGAAAAUACUCGUAGUGAAAAGUGGGAAGGAAGAACCAACUUCCUCCGGUCCAGAUACCAUCGGAAACCAAGUCCCACAUUCUCCACACACACAUAUAACCGUUAGGAUUAUUACUACUGCUUGGAGACGACACUCAACGGACCUGUGUGUGUAUGUAUGAGUGACUGAGUGAGUGUUUAUACUUGUAUAUAUAUAUAUAUAUAUACACACACCUACAUUACCAACUGACGGAUAUCUUUACCCAUCUGAAACCCCUACCUGCUUUUGUUGGCCCAGCACUUGCUCACCCAACAAGCGUCCACUUUACACCAAACCAAAGCUUGGUCAGACAGGCUCACACUCAAAACCUACCUUAAAAAUAUAAAAGUAUAUAUAUAUUAUACACACACACACACAUAUAUAUAUAUAACGAAAUAACCAUGAAGAAUGAGCGAACGGCCGAGGACUGCGCCCUUAUCCGAAUCUCCUUUGCCCGUUUUGCAGUCACAACUGUGUGUUUACCGUCAAUUUCACUUCUGUUAUGCUUUUUUUCUGGCGUGCUAUUCCAGUUCUAUGAUGUCAACGAGACUGUGUGUAAUGUUACAAACUUCAUACCUUCUAUAAGUGCUGUUACUGGGAUAACCCCUCAGAGAUAUUUAUGGCGGAUAUGUAUUGCGCUGCACUGUACACCCAGGUUUGCAGUGGCCUUCAUGUAUUUCAACAUGUACAAAGGCUUCUUGCAAAGUAUCAAGAAAGAACAUCAGAGCUUAUUUCUGACUUUGAUAAAGGUGAAUUUUUGGUUGAACAUUAUGGAAAACUCAAGUCUUAUUGGUGUCACAUAUAUUUCUAAUAAAGAAAACUACCCCAUCCAUGAGAAAAUAUUCAUCGUGUUUAUGGCGACCUCCUUAUGUUACAUGUUAUUAAACACUAUCCUGUUCCGCUGGACCAGAGAUAAGGUCACUGAAGCAGAUGAGAAAUCUUUCAAGUGGAAAGUGCUGAUGUUUUGCAGUAUAAUGGUUGCCACUGCUGGUCUCUUGUUUUUCUUUGUGAAGCACCGUUUUCAUUGCGAACCUUUAGCCUUCAGUUGGUUCUCUCUGUGUGAGUAUGUGAUUGCCUACACCAAUAUGGGCUUCCAUAUGACUGCCGCUUACGAUUUCCGAAACGUCACAUUCUACGCGUGCACGCCAGCCGUCUACAGCACGCUGCCCAUCAAUGGAAUGCUUGUAAACAACAACAAAAAACAACGAUAACACUCAUCAUGUUUUCACUUCAAUAUCAACGUCAA